AUGGCGCAGACGUCAAUGAUUGUGGAAUCUAAUGCGGGUCUGCGGGAGCUAGUGCCAUCACGUACACACGUCUGUCUUCCAGGAGACCCUGUGCUGUUGCUGGAGCCAACUGCGAUUGUGACACUUGGAAAUGGCCUUCGACCUCUUCCACAGGAUCCUGUCAGCAGCAAUAGCAACAACGAAGGCGCUGUAGAAGGAACUAACACCUUUGUUUCCGCGGAGUUUUGUGGGCCAGUAUCAUGUAGCGUUGGACCAAAUCAUGUGCGUCGCUACACAAUUGAUCCCCCUGCGGCUCGUCGGUAUACCUACGUCCCCAAGGACCCGGUUGUGGCGAUUGUAAUGAAGAAAACGACGAAUUACUACUUGUGCUAUACCGGUGCUCCAUCUCUUGCAGUGCUUGAUGCCCUGAGCUUUGACGGGGCGACCAAGUCCAGUCGUCCGCGGCUACAAGAGGGCGACGUUGUGUACGCAUUUGUGCGGCCGCAGCGGAGUGAAACUAUAACUACUACAACAAUGGGUGGACCAGUGGAGACUGCAGGGGAUGAGGUGGAGCUGAGCUGUAUGGCCGGCGAAGUUGGUCUCGUCGCGCGCGACUGGACUUCCGCUGACGCGACAUUCGGUCCGCUCAGCGGAGGCACUGUCGUUCGUGUGCCGUUGCCGUAUGCACGGAGUCUUCUUGCCGCAGAUGGUGCCUCACGUCUUCUCGCGCUCUUGGGAGACCGCGUGCCGUUUGAGGUAUGCAUUGGUGCGAACGGUCUCGUGUGGGUCUGCGGUCAACGGAGUGAGAAUGACGCCACUGCGGCUGUGCGGCGCACCGUUGCGGUGGCCGCCUGCAUUGUUGAAGCGCAGGACGAUGUCACCGUUGCCGAGAUGGAGGCACGCGUACAGAGCUACUUCCCAAACGAGUAA